AUGUGUUCACACUUGAGCGAUGUGAUUGGAAUGACCGACUCAUCGAACAACGACCCAAAUGUAUCCAGCACCAGAAGCUGCUUUGGUUGGGACAUGUGUUACGUAUACCGAACCAUCGUUUGCCGAAGAGAGUACUGUUUUCCAUGCCCAACUCAGAGUGGCCAACCCUUGACUUGGCAGCGGAGUAUGAAGGAGAUCACGAAACGCUUGGGUGCUGUCGGUGCUACUCGCAUUCCAGGAUGGAGACCGCGUGAUCCUCACCUAUCCUGGUUGGAGACACCACAAGAUAUGGUUGUCAACCGAUGUGAGUGUCGUUCUUGUUGUCAAUUUCUAUCCAGAUUGCCUGAUCCCUACCCCGUCCACCUUCAUUCUUUUCUUCACAAUAAGGCUUCAAAUAAAUCAUGGCUGUACGGCAGCGAAGCAUCGGUGUUGGACACUGAUGUCAUGCUGUCGAUGAUGAUGACGAUGAUGGUGAUGAUGAUGAUGAUGAUGAUGAAUUUGUUCGUUGACCGUGAUGUGAAGAAUUCCACUGGAUCUGUACUGAAUCUUCCUGGCAAAGGGAGAAAGUCUCUGGGUGAUGAAAGAGCACCCAUUGUACAGAAUGCUGUCGAGCAACUUCAGUCCCAGAGCACCAUGGCAUCUUCGUCAAUAACUCAGGUGUCUCAGUUGACCGGCAUUCCCCGCGUCAGCAUGCAUCGUAUUAUGAGACGCCAUCUUCAUCUCUACCCGUCUUAUUCCACUUUAUUACAAAAGAUCGCGCAAGAAGACAAGGAGCAACGUGUCACGUUCACUAACUGGCUGCUGGACAAUGAGGAAAUCUUUCCAACAUUUUAUAGAGCGAUGAAGCAAAUUUUUUUGUGGAUGGAAUAA